AUGAAAGUAAGUGUGAAUAUUGUUGAUGAAAUAAAGGUAGAUGUUGUUAAUGAGAUGAAGGUAAGAAUGAAUAUUGUUGAUGAGAUGAAGGUGAGUAUAAGUAUUGUUAAUGAGAUGAAG